AUGGAGGGGGUCGCAGUGGUGACGGGGGGUAACGCGAGCGCUGCCAAGGCCGAGGGAGUCACAGCCGUGCCGCCCCCGCCUCCCGUCUCCCCGCCUGCCCUCACCCCGGCGCCCGCAGCCGGUGAGGAGGCCCCGGCGCCUCUGCCCGAGGCGGGGGCUCCCGGCUGCUCGGGUUCCCGGCCCCCGGAGCUGGAGCCGGAGCGCAGCCUGGGCCGCUUUAGAGGCCGCUUCGAGGACGAAGACGAGGAGUUGGAAGAAGAUGAGGAGCUGGAGGAGGAGGAAGAGGAGGAGGAGGAAGAGAUGAGCCACUUUUCGCUGCGGCUGGAGGGGGGCCGGCCGGAGUCCGAGGACGAGGAGGAGCGCCUGAUUAACCUCUCCGAGCUAAACCCAUACAUCUUGUGUUCCAUUUGCAAAGGUUACUUAAUUGAUGCAACUACCAUUACAGAAUGUCUUCAUACCUUUUGUAAAAGCUGCAUUGUAAGACAUUUUUACUAUAGCAACAGAUGUCCAAAAUGCAACAUAGUAGUACAUCAGACACAACCUCUUUAUAACAUAAGGUUGGACCGACAGUUACAAGACAUAGUGUACAAAUUAGUGAUCAAUCUAGAGGAAAGAGAAAAAAAGCAAAUGCAUGAUUUCUAUAAAGAAAGAGGUCUAGAAGUACCUAAACCUGCUGUUCCACAGCCAGUCCCUUCGAGCAAAGGAAGAUCUAAGAAAGUUCUAGAAUCAGUGUUUCGUAUUCCACCUGAACUUGAUAUGUCUUUAUUACUGGAGUUCGUUGGUGCUAAUGAAGGCACGGGACACUUUAAGCCAUUGGAAAAGAAGUUUGUCCGAGUUUCAGGAGAAGCAACUAUUGGGCAUGUAGAAAAAUUCCUCAGAAGAAAAAUGGAUCUUGAUCCAGCUUGUCAGGUAGAUAUCAUCUGUGGUGACCACUUGUUGGAGCGGUAUCAAACUCUAAGGGAGAUCCGGCGUGCAAUAGGUGAUGCAGCAAUGCAGGAUGGUCUGCUUGUCCUUCAUUAUGGUCUUGUGGUUUCUCCUCUGAAAAUAACUUGAAAAUUCUAGGCAUAUUAUGAGGAAGGAAACAGAGUAAGGAGGCUUCUGCAGGACUGCAUCUCACCAAAGAUUUCCACGAAACAUGUAAUUGCUACCACUUUAUGCUGUUCAAGACAUAACUUAUCUAAUUUCAGCACCAAGAAUCAUAGCAUUUAUAAGUACAACUUGGAAUGAUGCAAUACAUCUGUUUUACUAGAGACUAUAUAUAAAAAGCAUCCAUAGCUCAGGGAAAAAAUUUCAAUAUAUUGAAUUUUUAAAUUCCUGUGAUUUCAAACACUUUGACUUUGAUUUUUGCUUCCCAUCUUUGAGG